AUACCGGAUCAACAAAUGUGGAAUGGUCUGCAUCAUCAACUCGAUUUAGAAAGAAGGAAAAGAGGGAAUUACCAUGUUUUCCGACGUGGGGUUUCUGCAAAACCUCUGUUCAAUUGGGCUGAUCACCCGUCGCUGGUCACCGACGCUGUUGAGAAUGGAUGGUCCAGAUUUGGGUUCACUGGCUACAUGCCGUCACCGUCCACCAGAUCAAGCCUCUUGGGGAUAUGCGCAGCAGGGGAUUACGAAAGAGGAAACGAUGUGGAGAUAAGUUGGGAAGUCUGUCAGGGAUCAGCGGAUUUUAUGCAGAAAAUUAGGCUAAAUUCUGGGUUAAAAAAAGCGAAUUUAAGCAACCAUUCCACGGCGGCAGCCUCCGUGAUCAGAACAGCUUUGCCGUUACCAGGGCCGCCGUUGGGGAACUCUGCUUUCCCUCAAGAGGCGUAUUUUGAGAUCACGAUUUUGUUCUGUCGCGGCCGCAAUGACGAUCAAGAAGGCGAGAAGGUCAAACUCAUACAGGAAAAUUCUAAUGCAAAGGCGAAUUCAGAAUCAGAGGAAAUGAAGCUUGAAGGCGACGCAGUGAUGAUCUCCGUAGGACUAACCGGAGGCGCUCCUCUUCCUCUGAAGCUCCCCGGAAGCUAUCCGGGGUCCAUCGGAUUCAAUUCCGACGGUUCUGUCUUUCUCGAUGGGAUUAAACUAGUGUUUGGAUCGGAAAAAGAAGACUGGGGAAAAUCGGAGAAAGUGAUAGGUUGCGGGUUCGAUCCACGGCAAAAGAAAGUGUUUUUCACGGUAGAUUCACAGCUGGUCCAUGUGAUAAAUUGCAAAACAGAGGAAUUUGGAACUCCGCUGUAUCCAAUUCUUGCAGCAAACGAUGACGUUUUGGUCCUAGUCAAUUUUGGACAGAGCGCAUUCGUGUACUCGCCGGCGAAUCCUCGCCGGACACCGAACCCUUGUUUCAUUGGCCCCCUUGUGAACUCCCCUGCUCUCGGGUUUGAAGAUAGCAAAGAGCUGUUUUCGAUGGGGAGAAUUGAUUCUCAGUGGUUUAACCGGAACACGACAAAGGCAAGCAUUAAUGGUGGUGCUAAUAGUCCAAGGGUGGAAUUUGACGAGGAGUCUGAGGCUGAUUUGUUUGAAAUUGUCUUGGACGGUACCGGAAGAUCACCCAAUACCGUAUUAUGAAACUGUAGCUACCGGAAUUGACAAUUUUGGUUGUGAUUGGAGGAGUUGGAACAUCAGAAACACCUGUCUAUAUAGAGUUGAGGAAAGUUGCAACCUUGAGCAGCUUGUUCAUAUUCAGAAUAUGAUAUAAAAACGAAAAAGGUAGUGUAUGAGAAACUGAGAAUACAGGUGUUUUUUUUUCUGUAAUUAUCUGGCUUGUCAAGGAUUUGUUACUCUUUGUAUAGUCCAAAUUGCAUUGUUUAUUCAAGAUGAGUCGUUUAUUAAUCUCAGAUAUCUCAUAAUAAACUUGUUAAAUUUUA